UACACACAAUAUAAUAGCCUUGAGUUGCUUAUUGACGCUUGAGUUGAGUACCGGUACGGUACAUGUUUGAGAAAAAUUACAAGCCUGUGAAAGUACCAUUAAAGGAAUACGUCAUAAUUCUUGAAAGGGUUGAACAACAAAGAAAUAGAAAGAGAUGGCUCUGCCUACCCUCCCGUCCUACUGGACAUCGAGGUACAAGAAUAUUCAUGAGAGGGCGAUGGUGCAGCGGCGGAAUCAUGAAGAAGAUUUCAGAGAGCAGUGGUCCAGUCGAGCAGAGUACUUCAAAACAAGUGAGGUUCAGAUGACCAAGCAGAAUGCCUGGACAUCUGAUCAAAGUUUUCAUGAUAGCAUGGAUGCGUUCAAGGCAAAGCACGAUAAAGAGAUGAAAGCCCGGGAGCUGAAAGAGAGGAGGAGGAGGCUCCGACACCUGCUGGAUGGUGAGAGAAACGAGCUAGAAGCUGAGCUAAGAGGACUGUCUGGAGACAAUUACGUUAGACUUCAAGAGAUGAAAGAGCGGAGUGAUGACCUGAAGACCAGCAGGGAAACAUCAAGGAAACAGAUUGCUGAUGAGAGAUUGUACAACCACUGGAGGCAAAAUAACCCAGAUCUCAGAAAACUUGAGUCAGAUAUGCACAAACGCCAUGUGACCAACGCAUGGGAGGGGCAGAAGGAGGAGAAGGAGCAGCAGUUGGCUUCAGCCAGGGAGCAGGAGCGGUUGAUGGAGGAGGCCAUGGAGAGGGAGCGGCAGGCGGGGCUGGAGCUGGACCGGCAGAGGGCGGAGUCUCGUCUCCAGGAGGAGAAAGCAGUGGCAGCACAACUCAUAGAUCAAGUCAAGGAGCUCAGAGAGAGAGAAGUAGAGGCUGAGACCCUGAAAGCCGAGCAGGAUGGGCUGAUCAAACAACAGUGGGAGCUUGAGAAGUUAGAAGAAGAGCGAAAAGAGCUGGAAGAGCAGAGGAAGAAAGCCGAGUUUGGGCGUGCCCUUGUCAGUCAGUACAAGGCAAAACUAAGACGGAGAGCAAGACAGGUCCAAGAAGCUUUGGAACUUGAUCGUAAGAUCCUUGAGAGUGUUGCAAGAAAGCAGGCUGAAGAAGAAGGAAUGAACAUCAAGAGAAAAGAGAAGGCACAGGCCGAUGCUGCAUGGAUGAAGCAAGUCAUUGAGGAUCAGCUAAAACUAGAGAAAGCAAGAGAGGCUGAACUAGAUUCAUUAUUCAAGGAGGAAGCAGCACGUCAGUGGUCCAAGAGAGAAGCAGAAUGGGAGAAGGAAAGAUUGGCUAGAGAAAGGCUUAUGUCAGAGGUUCUACAAGAACGGCAAGGUCAGCUACAAGAUCAGGUGGAGGCAAACAGGAAGAGACAAGAAGAAUCGUUACAAAGACGAGAAGAACUCCUCAGAGAUAUGGAGAUUGCACAACAGCUCACUCAGAGAGAGAAAGAAGAGGAAGAGAGAAGAAAGGCAUCCACAAGAAGACAGUUUGAAUCUCAGAUGACGGAGAGGGAUUCGAGAAAGAAGGAGGCAAAGCUGAGAUUCCAGGAAGAGCUUGAUGCUGAGAGACAGGCAGAAGAAGAUUAUGAGGAGAUGCUUAGAGAAGAGGCAUCUCGCCUAGCUCUUGAAGAUUAUGAGCCAAAGUCGUAUCCACGCACCACAUCUAGAUUGAGUAGUCGUCCAGAAUCCACCAUUCCACCAAUGUCCUCUAGACCAGGAUCUACUAUACCAUUUCCUGGAGGGUCCAGACCCAAUUCAAGGCCAGGCUCGAGAGCAGGACCAAAGUCUGGCCCUAGUCCAGGACCUGGAGCAGCACCCAGUGGUUGGCGAAGACCGGGACCUAUACCGGCUUGGGAAUGAGAGCGCGGAGAUGUCAUCUGAUCUAGUGAUUCUGUGUAUUGUAUCUCUAAAACAGCUUACAUGGGGAAUUCUACUCCGUUGGGGGUUUGUCCAUUAGCAGGUGUUGUCUAUCAUCCAGAGUAGAAUGUAAAUUCAAUGACCAUUAUAUGCUAAAUGAUGCUCCCUUUAUUCCACCCAUCAUCUAAUCUGGGGCCGUUUCAUAAAGCUGUUAGUGAGUUAAGAGGGACUUUAAGAAUGACUGGUGAUCCUUUCCUACGCGCUAAAUUAAUCACCAAUGAACAUUUAAUGGUGGAUAUGAUUUACCACAAGAACGGAUCACCAGUCGUUUUUGAAGUCACUCUUAGCUUACGAACAGCCUUAUGAAACAGGUAUCUUCUGGGUUUCAUUGGUUACGGUUAUACGGUUAUAUUUCCCAGCUCGACAAUGCCCAAGGUGCACAUAGGCUAAAAAAAUUUGUAUAUAUAGACAGUAUAAUUGUCUGACCCAAGAAGAUGUAUACAGGUAUUUCCAGAGAUUGGUGACAAUGAAUUUAAUCAACCCUCCAUGAAAGCUAGCUUAGACAGAUUGAUUUUUAAAGGUCAAGUCCACCCCAGAAAAAGUUGAUUUGAAUAAAUAGAGAAAAAUCAG